AGGAAAUGAACUUGAGAGAAGGGGGAACACAGGCCACAGAGAGGAGAGAAAGAGGCGGGAGUGGAGGGAGGGCACGAAGCGGGGGCUCCGCAAUGGUGGGAGGAUGGAAGAAGGAGCAGUGAGGCAGGGCUUCCUGUACCUUCAGCAGCAGCAGACUUUCGGAAAGGCCCCGUUAUUCUCUCUGCCUCCCUGGGUCUCCCCAUCCCCGCGUGCUGCUGUCCCUCUCCCACGGCCCCUCCUCUCCCCUUUGGUCACCAUCUCUCCAUCUCUGGGCGGCUCCCUCUUGGCACCCUGCCUGCCGUGCACCUGGGCUCAGAAAUGGCGUCGCUUCGGGGCUGUGCUGUAUGGACAGUCGGGCUGCGCCUUGGCCCGGCUGGAGCUCCAGGAGGGACCGGAGAAGCCGCGUCGGGGAGAGGCUGCCCGGAGGGUGAUCCGCCUCAGUGACUGCCUGAGGGUGGCGGAGGCCAGCGGGGAGGCCAGCAGCCCCCGGGACACCAGCCCCUUCCUCCUGGAGACCAAGGAGCGCUCGUACCUGCUGGCGGCCCCCACUGCAGAGCACGGUGACUGGAUGCAGGCCAUCUGUCUCCUGGCCUUCCCUGGCCAGAGGAAGGAGCUGUUGGGGCUGGAGGGGAAGGGCAGCCGGCCCUGCAUGGAGGAGAACGAACUGUACAGCAGUGCAGCCACAGGUGUCCUGCGGCAAGGGAGCUUUUUGCUGACAAGGCAAUUUCCUUCUUGCAACCUGUCUGGCCUGCUGGGGCCCCCCCUCAAGGAGUUUGCUGUGACCAUGAGACCCACAGAAGCCAGCGAGAGGUGCCGGCUCCGGGGGUCUUAUACCCUCCGGGCUGGGGAGAGUGCCCUGGAACUGUGGGGUGGCUCCGAGCCAGGCACCAAGCUGUACGACUGGCCCUACAGGUUCCUGCGGCGCUUUGGGCGGGACAAGGUCACCUUUUCCUUCGAGGCAGGCCGGCGCUGCAUCUCUGGAGAGGGCAACUUUGAGUUUGAAACCCGGCAAGGCAAUGAGAUCUUCUUGGCCCUGGAAGAGGCCAUCUCUGCCCAGAAGAACACCCCUCCUGGGCCCCAAACCCAGCCAGCCACAGUCCCCACGGGGCUGCCCCGGCUGGAGAGCCCCUACUCCCGGCCGCAUGACUCCCUGCCGCCACCGUCGCCUACCACCCCAGUGCCCAGCUCUCGGCCGCGGGGCCCAGAAGGGGAAUACGCAGUGCCCUUUGAUGCAGUGGCCCGAAACCUGGGAAAGGGCUUGCGGAGCAUCCUGGCAGUCCCUCCCCAGCCCCCGAUGGACCCUCUGUACGACAGCAUUGAGGAGCACCCACCCCCUCAGCCCGACCACAUAUAUGAUGAGCCUGAGGGAGUGGCUGCCCUGUCCCUGUAUGACAGCCCGCAGGAGCCCCGAGGUGAGGCCUGGAGGAGGCAGGCUGCAGCCAACAGGGACCCCAAUGGCCUCCAGCACGUCAGCCCAGUGGGGCAGGACUUCUCCGCCUCUGGCUGGCCACAGGGAACUGAGUAUGACAAUGUCAUACUUAAGAAAAGCCCAAAGUGACGGGGGGCAGAUAUGUGGACUCCAUCCAGCAGGAGCCCCGGCAGCGCCCUGUGUGUACCAGGGUGGCGCUUGGAGGCUGGUGAGGGCAGGGAAGGCGGGCCUCCCCUCUGUUUCUGCUGGUGGCUCCCCCUGGCCACUGCGCCCCAGCAGCCCCACUGUGCUGCUUCUGGAACAUGUAGGUCUGGCCUGCCUCAGUCUGGAAUCGCCCCUCCCAGGGCCUGCUGUGUGGGUCACUGUCCCAAAGCAGGAAGAACGCCCUGAGAGACCCACCCUCCUCCUACUCUUUCCCACUUCCUCUUCUUUCUUUCCCUGGGCCUACAGGGAGCCUUGGGCAUUUAGGUCAGAGGACAAAAGCAUGUCGACAAAGUGCCCUGGGUCCUUGGCUUGUGCAGGCCUCCCACCUGCUGUCCCCCUUCGCAGACAGCCCUAUCUCUGGGCAUGUGGGGGAUGGCUGCAGCUUCCUGUGGCAUUAAACAUUUCUGGAAUGUU